AUGGGUGCUUGGGAUGAUUUCGACAGCAUUUUCUACUUUAAUAAGAGCUUCACCUACGAUGACAAAGUCAUUGAACAGAUCCUGUCCAACCGUCGCGCGCUAGGGAACCAACUGUUUGCCGACCGACUCUUGGGAUUGCUCGGUGUCCAAGCUGUAAAACAACUUUACCCUCCAAGAUCGAAUGCGGACCUUCGCACGCUCGUUAAUCACAUUGUCUCAUCCGCGCUGGACAUCCAUCACAAGCAAGCAUUGAUCUACUACAUCCUGAAGGACUGUCGUGCAGCGGGCGAUGCCGCUUCCCAGUUUGCGCGCCGAUGCCACCUGCCAGAGAAGUACAGAUUGUUCAUUGAAGGCCUCUGGAACCUGGAUAGGUUAGAAUUGAGGCGAGCGAUAGAAUAUCUAACUGAGCCUUCAAUCAUCCCCACCUUCCCCGACGAGAUCCUUUAUGUCCUGACCCUUCCGCAACUCCCAAAGCACGAUGACCAUCUUGCUAUGGCCUAUUAUCUUACCGUGACCCCGCCGUUGGCGUCCGAGAAAGUACAGAAAGCCUUUUUCGACAUACUUUGCCGUUCCAGCAUAACAGAAGCGUUCUAUUUCACAAGGAAGCGGGACGAGUCCCUCCGCCGCGCUUAUCUUGAACAACUCAUCGAAUUUGUUCAUAAAACCAGUCCGGGUCAGGUGCGAAGCCAAAGAGCCAUGGAAUUGAUCAGUCUUCCGUUGGACAACACGGAAGAAGAGUGGUUUGAAGAAGCGCUGCUUCGCGGACGCGCAAAGACACUGCACGGUGCGAAGGACACGGCAAUGAUGCGACGAUUUGCAACUGGGAAAUUGGACGCACUCUCUACAGAACUAGAGUCGCUGGGCGGAAAGAAGAUCGAUGGACUGAACUGGGAUGCCCUCAGACAGAGCGUAAAAAACACUCACACAUCGGUUCCCAGCGCUGGCGGUCACCCUUGA